UGCAACCCCAAGUUUUGGUUGCCUACCUGAACCAUGGCCGCGCCGACGACGGCGCCCCCACGUAGCCCUCCAUCCGUCGCACGGAAGGACACGAGGGCACUAUCUCUGCAUGCCAGCAUCCUCCUUGGAGGCAUUUGCAUCCUUGCUGUGGCGAUCAGACUCUUCUCCGUAGCCCAGUGGGGCAGCGUGAUUCAUGAGUUCGACCCACAAUUCAAUUUUCGCACGACCAAGUUCCUCGCCACCAACUCGUUCUCCGAGUUUCUCAACUGGUUCGACGAUCGCGCGUGGUAUCCUCUCGGUCGUGUCGUUGGCGGGACACUGUACCCCGGCCUCAUGCUCAUCUCUGCGUCAGUAUAUCGCAUUCUGCACUUUCUUGGGUUGCCGGUGUCGAUCCUGCACAUUUGCGUGUUCUUCGCUCCGUUUUUCGCCGCGGCGACCGCCCUGGCCACGUAUGCGCUCACGUUCCACGUCACCCAGCGCCAACGCACCGCCCUGAUCGCGGCAUUCUUCAUGAGCAUCGCGCCAGCGUACAUUUCUCGCUCCGUGGGCGGGUCAUACGACAACGAAGGCGUGGCCAUCUUCCUGCUCGUGCUCGUCUUCUACCUCUGGGUCCGAUCAGUGGACUCUGGCCGCAUGGUCGACGCCGCCGUGACGUCGUUGGCGUACUUUGGCAUGGUGCUGUCCUGGGGCGGCUACGUAUUUCUCAUCAACGUUAUCCCCAUCCAUGUGCUGGCGCUGGUGCUCUCCGGGCGGUACUCGCCGCGGUUGUAUGUGGCGUACAGCACGUUUUACAUCUUGGCCACGCUCUUCGCCAUGCAAGUGCCGUUUGUCGGGUUCAACGUGAUUCAAAAGGCCGAAACCCUCGGCUCCCACGGCGUAUUUGGCAUCCUCCAAAUUGUGGCCUUUGCCAAAUGGCUCGAAAGUCUUCUUGGCGUGCACAUCCACCGCCUUCGCGCCGCGAUCGUCCAAGUCGGGUUGGCGGGGGCCGGCGUCGUGGUCGUGGUCGCCGUGGUCUUGCAGGUCACGGGGGUGCUUCAGUGGUCUGGCCGCAGCCUCACCCUUCUCGACCCGACGUACGCGUCCAAGUACAUUCCCAUCAUCGCGUCCGUGAGCGAACACCAGCCGUCGGCAUGGUCUGGGUUUUACAUGGCAUUCGGGCCGUCGCUGCUCGUUGUGCCGCUGGGGCUUUACUUUUUAUUUGAAGAGGCGCCGCUGACGUCUGCAAAGCUGUUUGUGCUGCUCUACUCGGCAUUUGCGUGGUACUUCGCGGGCGUGAUGAAUCGGCUCGUGCUGACGCUGGCCCCCGCCACGUGCGUCGUGGCCGCCGUCGGGGUCUCCAACACCCUCGACACGCUCUUCUUCUACCUCCGUCGCGACAAACCGGCCUCCUUGAGCGAAUCUCACGGGUUUCCGGGCGAAGAGGCCGAAGUGGCGGCCGUCGCGCGCGACCUCGAGCGCAAGCGCGCCGCGGUGGUCGCCCAAUAUGGCAAUGCCAACUCGAUCCCGGCGCACCUCUUGGAACAGCCAGAUGUGUUUGGCGACUCGAUCGCGCUGCUAAUACACGUCGUGUCAUUCAAUCGACCGAUGCCCGGCCGGAACCGCAAGACCCCAGGGGGACUGCAAGCCGUGGUCGUGGGGGUCGCGCUCGUCCUGGUGUGGCAGCUUCUGCACGCGUCGUCCGUGGCCAACCGCGCGUACUCGAGCACGUCGCUCGUUCACGAGAGCCGCAACCGGACCACCGGCGCCGAGAUCGUACACGACGACUUUCGGGAAGCAUUUGGGUGGCUGCGGCACAACUCGGCCCCGGAUGCGGUCGUGCUGUCGUGGUGGGACUACGGGUACCAGCUGUCGUCGUACGCGAACCGGACGGUGCUCGUGGACAACAACACGUGGAAUAACACGCACAUCGCGACCGUCGGCCGCGUCUUUGCCUCCACCGAAGCCGCCGCCGUGCCGAUUCUGCACAGUCUCAACGUCGACUAUGUGUUUUUGCUGUUUGGCGGCGCCAGCGGCUACGGGGUAGUAUUGAUUAUAUUGUUGUCUUUGUGUAGCCUACACUGUGGACUUGUGUUUGUUUUGCCAAAUGUAUCGAUUAUCAUCGCCGGUGCUUCUUGUACGGAUAAGGCGACGACUUGGACAAGUUUUCGUGGUUUCUCCGCAUCGCACAAGGCGUGUUUCCGGAUACGGUGGAUUUGGACAAGUUCCUCGUGAAUGGGUACGCGGACGCGGGCGAGUCGGCGACGGCGGCCAUGAAGGAGUGUUUGUUGUACAAGCUCAGCUACUACCGGUUCGACGAGUACGUUGCCGACCCGACAAAGCCCGUCAAGGGCUUCGAUCGCAACCGGCAGCGCCAGCAGCGAACCAGCCCCAUCCACCUCUCGCAUUUCGAAGAAGUGUUUACGUCGGAAGCGUGGAUUGUGCGGAUUUUCAAACUGCGCCGAGACAUUUUGCACUAGAUUGUUCCAUACCCAGUAUUGGACUCGACUAAGUAAGUACAGUGUCAUACAGUGGGGUUUCCGAGGA